AAACUCUAACCCUAACCAGCAACCACCUCGUCGGUGGCGACGCAGCACCACCAUUAUUAGGUCAGGUGCCAAUUCUGUACCAUGAAUAUGGUGUGCAGUGCUGGUUUGCUCUGGCUUGUCCUCUACACUCUGUACAGAAGAAUUAGAAAUUGGAAGGUAAUGCAAAAGUUCCCUUAGAAAGAAAGACCACAUUGACGAAAGAUGCUCUGUCGGAUGUAACAAUGGUAAGAUUUCUAGAACAGUACGCUGCACAGGUGGAAUAUGUCCCUGGAGAAAAGCAGCUGGAAUUUCAUCAUCAAGAAUUCAUCUGCGGUGGAAACUCGGACCAACUCAAUAAUUCAAGUUUUUCUUGUUGCUAAAGAUUUUGGGACUCGAACUGGUUUCUUUUUUGCCCUUCUCUACCCAGAGAGGGUCUCGGGAAUCAUAACUAUGGGUGUGCCAUUUGUUCCCCCUAGUCCCUUUGAAUUCGGCAAAAACCUUCCUGAAGGUUUCUACAUGUCAAGGUGGAAGGAACCUGGACGAGCUGAAGCUGAUUUUGGCCGGUUUGAUGCUAAAACUGUUGUACGGAACAUCUACAUUCUCUUCUCCAAAAGUGAAAUACCAAUAGCAGCAGAAAACCAAGAAAUGAUGGAUUUGGUGGAACCGUCUACUUCUCUGCCCACUUGGUUCACGGAGGAAGAUCUUGAAGCGUAUGAAGCUUUGUACAAGAAAUCUGGAUUCCUCACUGCCUUGCGAAUUCCUUACAGGUCUGUCGAAGAAGAGUUCAACUUUCCAAAUAUGAAAGUAGAAGCUCCGACAUUACUGAUCAUGGGCGAGAAGGAUUAUUUUCUCAAAUUUCCAGGAGUGGAGGACUACAUAAGGAGCGGACAAGUGAAAGUGUUUGUCCCUGACUUGGAGAUAACAUACUUGCCUGAAGGAAGUCAUUUCGUUCAGGAGCAACUCCCCAAUGAGGUGAACCAAAUAGUCCUUACCUUCCUCAAGAAGCAUAGUUGUUGAUUUCAAACAUUCAAGGUUGGUUUGUUGUUGUCAUUUGAAGUGUGUUGAAAGGUUUGGUUGGAGCUCAAGAUAAUACUAUGAGAAAUUUGAAGUCACAUUAAUAUAUGCCAAUUGUGACAUGAAUAAUUAACUAUGUUAGGCGUUAUUAACACUUUGUAGUUCUUUUGUAUGUCUUGUAAUUUAUGUGUAAGACAUUGAUGGCACUUUUGCAACAAAGUUGAUUGACGAA